AACACAAUGAAACAUCAACCACGUCCACGUCACUCAUCUCCGUCGUCAUCAUCAUCGGAAUUUGAAUUCAACGUCUCAAUCUCGCCGCGAAAAGCUUCUUCUUCGCUUUGUCCAGCAGAUGAACUCUUCUACAGAGGCCAGCUUCUUCCUCUCCAGCUUUCACCUCGUCUCUCUCUCGUCCGUACACUCUGUUCCUCUACUUCUACUUCUUCCUCCGACUUCACUUCUUCUUCCUCCGCCGCAGCACGUGACUCCACCGAAUCUUCCUCCUCCACUGACUCCACCGAUUGCUGCGACUCUUCUUCAAGGCAAAGCUCUGUUACCGAAGAAGAAGAUAUCUUCUUUAAACAUACAAAGAAGAGUGGCUUCUCACUCUCUAGACUCUCCUCUGUUUUCAAGAAAGACCCCAAAGCCGUCUCCGUCUCCGCCGCCGCUCCUCCGUCGUCGGUUAAGAGAAUGAGCUCCACGGCUAAAGAGGUUAUUCGAAAAUACAUGAAAAAGGUUAAACCUUUAUACGAUAAGUUAUCUCAGAAACAGAGCACCAACGUCGCAGCUUUGAAAACAGAGUCCUCUGUUAAAGAUUCCAGCAACAUCCCUGGAACAGGUUUUAAAACAGAGUCCUCUUUCUCAGGUAACCUAAUGAAAUACACGAGACGUGGACGGUGCGCGGCGAGCUGUCCCUCGUCGAUGAGGUCAUCUCCGAGUCACUCCGGUGUAUUGACACGUGGUCAACGAGGAGGUAGCAGCAACAACAGUGUGUCUUCUUCAAUGGAAGAGUUGCAAAGUGCUAUUCAAGGGGCUAUUGCUCAUUGCAAGAACUCAAUGUUGGAGAAGAGUUUGGUUAGUAGUCUCGAGAUCUAG